CAAUUAAUGCAUUUAAGAUAGUUGUUUCAAAAAUAAUUGUUGUCAAUAGCUCAUUAGAUGGAUGUUUGAAAAAAUGUGCAUUAAAUGUUGUUUUGCCUAAUUUUGUUAAAUUUGUUAAAAAUGUAGUUAUUAUACGUUUUUUACUCGUCUUUUAUAUGGACUUAAAAUUACUCACUUUUUUUCUAACAUUAUUUACGCAAGAAAGUAGUGUAAAGUGUGGGUAAUUCACAAAUUAUAGAUGAGAUGCUCCCUGAAAAUGUUGAAAUAGUUGCGAUCAGCAAGCGUUUCUCUUAGCAGUCAGCGCUGUAAGAGAAAGUAGCUGCCCAACUUUUUCUCCCGGCGCUUUUCUCUUGGUAUUGAUUUUAAUGCCGGCUACUUUGAUUUCAGAUUGAGCACGAAGAUAGUACUCUGGCAAUUGUGUUUGCCGCUCUGUGUGCGUUUGCAUGUUCUUUUUUCUCAAGACAAUUCAGUAUUUCGCCAGACAUUGCGCGAUUCGGAUUGAAGACAAGACCCGGAGCUUAAUCCCGGACCCGGACAUCCGCAGUGGAAGUGCGGGUUUUUUUUUUGUUUUGUUUGGUGAAUGGUGAACACAAUAAUUUCUCCAAAGACACCUGUUCAGUAAGUGAGUCUUCGGUGAUUAUUCGGUCUAGUGAGCGAGUGCAAAACACCAGAGUCACCAAGUGCAUCAUUAAAAACUCGCAGUGAUUAGAUAAUGGGAGCAGUCUUAUCUGGACACUUGGCCAACGUAUUUCAGCAGCCUGCAGAAGUUCCCACCAAUUGGAUGCAAAUAUAGAGUCCACCCCGACCCUGACCUUGGCAAACAACUUACGGACAACUGGCAUGCAACAAUUUAUCUCAAUUGGCGAAGAUUGGAUUGCAUGCAUGCACGUACAUUCCCUCAACUACAUCGGGACUUAUAACAAUUAAUGUUGCUCCGUCUGAGUUAACAAGAUCAAACAGUCAAUUCAUCGAUCUGAAAACUUAAGGAAAAAGAAAAACGCUUCAGCCUCCUCAGUUUCCGCUCACGUGCUUUAGAAAUCCGGAACACCUAGAAUUCCUUUUCCUUCCCCCUACUGGGAGUUUCUUUAACCUUUGGCAUGUCAGCUCCGGCGGCAGCUGCGGCGUCUGCCGUCCUGGACUUUGACGACAUCCUCGCCCAGAUCGGAGAAUUCGGGCGCUUUCAGCGGCGGAACUACCUGCUCAUAUGCCUGCCGGUUCUGUUCGCAGCCGCCAACAGUCUGUCGUAUGUCUUUACGGCCGGAUCGCCCACCUAUCGCUGCUUCGUGCCCGGCUGCGACAGCCCGGAUGAGCAGGAUUAUGGAGCGGAUUGGGUCUCUGCCGCGGUGCCUGGCAGCUGGAGCAAGCGGGGCCACUUCACGCCGGAAACCUGUGACAGAUUCGUGGCGAAUGAAAGCACCCUCGAAGUUGAGCCUUGGAGUUUAUGGCCUUUGGGUCGGUGCUCCGCCGAGAACUUUACGGCGGAAACGGAGCGAUGCCAGCAGUUCGUCUACGGCAGUGCGGAGCGGACCAUUGUGCAGCAGUGGGGGAUGCAGUGCAAGGAGAACCUCUGGAAGCUGGCCUUCGUCGGCACGAUGCACUUUGCCGGUCUGGUGGUGGGAACAGCCCUCUCCGGUUAUCUGGCCGAUCGUUAUGGGCGUAAGCACGUCUUUCUAAUCUGCAUUGUGUUCAUGGCGUUGACGGGAGUGGCGCAGGCGUUGUCCUGGAACUACGGCAGUUUUCUGGUCUUCGCCCUACUGAACGCGGUGGGCACUUCCGGCGUAUAUCCGCUGGCCUUCAUCAUUGGCGUGGAGAUGGUGGGUCCACGGAAGCGCGAGAUGUCCUCCAUUGUGCUCAACUACUUUUACGCGGUGGGCGAGGCGCUGUUGGGUCUGUCCGUCUUCCUAACGGACUGGCGUCAACUGCAGCUGGUGCUCUCGCUUCCGCCGCUCGUCUGCGUGGCCUAUUUCUGGCUGGUUCCGGAGUCGGUGCGCUGGCUCCUGGCUCGCAACCGGCGGGAGCAGGCUGGCGCCAUCAUUCGACGGGCGGCGAAGGUGAACCGGCGGGACAUCUCCGUCGAACUGAUGGCCAGCUUCAAGCAGCAGGAGCUGGAUGCGGAAACGGCCAUGGAGGAUGAGGCCGAGAAUGGCGUUCUGGCCGAGCGGAAGGACGACAGGAUCUGGCUGGCCAUCAAAGAGGUUGCUGGAUGCCACAUUUUGAUCGCCAGAUACGCCAUUCUGCUGCUCAUCUGGGCCGUUAACGCCAUCGUCUACUAUGGACUUUCGCUGAAUGCGACCAGCUUGAGUGGCAACAAGUACCUUAAUUUCGCCCUGGUCUGCCUGGUCGAGAUCCCCGGCUAUAGCCUCGCCUGGCUCUUCCUGCGAAGGCUUGGUCGACGUUUGGCCCUCUCCGGAUCACUCCUGCUCUGCUCCAUCACAUGUGUUGCCAGCGGCUUCGUCACCCUGGCGCAAGGAGAUUGGAUUCCCUGCAAAGCCGGAGUUGAGGGUAGAAACUCGUGGAGUUGUGCCAACUGGCUUGUCGUAACCCUUUUCCUCAUCGGAAAACUCGGAAUCACCUCCUCCUUUGCCGUCAUCUACACAUUCACUGCGGAAAUGAUGCCCACUGUUAUUCGGAGCGGAGGCGUCGGUGUCAUGUCCACAUUUGCGCGCUUUGGGGCGAUGCUGGCUCCCUUUGUGCCGCUAUUGGCUACUUACUACGAACCGCUGCCUCUGCUGCUAUUUGGGGCAUUAUCCCUGGUUGCUGGACUCCUUUCGUUGCUACUGCCGGAAACCUUUAAUAAGAAGCUGCCGGAUACGGUGGAAGAGGCCAUUGCGUUGUGAAAAUGAUAAUGGCUUUUUAGAUGCCGAUUUUGGGGACAUUAUAACAUUAGCGACCUAGAUUUUUUUAUGAAAUAAUGUUGCAGAGCUUUACAUUUCCUCGUAAUAAAAUAUUUUAUACAAAAUGAAAAGCUAUCUCGUACCAUUCGACAAAGACAUAAGUGAAAAAUGCAUGCAGCAUAUGCAUGUUCACAGGGUUUUGUUAUUCGGAUAUUUACAAUUAGUUUUUGUGCUUUAACAGCUAUUUAAACCAUUCACAGAUUAGCGGCCU